UUCUGCACCUAGGGAUGGAAACUUUAAUAAUCUUCUCAACCCUCCUCUUCUCUGCCUAUUCUACAAGUACAAAAGGUGAUGGUUUGGUUUUGGAAGAGUUUGCUGGUAAGAGAGCGAAUGAAGUAGUUCUAAAAUAUACUGAAAACAUGGAGAAUAGGAAACUAGAAACUAUCGAUCAGCAAACUAAUGAUCAGGAUGAUGGAAGGCCGAGAUAUCCUGUAAAGCGCAGGAGCAGAAACCAAGAUGGAGUUUUCAGACGAAAAAUUCUUCCUCUUCAGCUCUCCAAGCUUAUGAAUGUUUCUGAAACCCUGAGUAUUUCAGCGCCUAAAACUGAACAAUAUUUAGAUUUAGACAACUCCAAAAAUCCUAAUUCGUCAAGAAGAAUUAAGAAAGUGCAAAUUAAGUCCAAAAAAAUCCAAACUUCACGACUACCUACACAGAAAGAACUUAAGAGGUUUAAAGCGAAAUAUUUCAGUCCACCAACACACUAUAAAGACUUUUUUUUAAAGAAAAUCUUCGAAUCUCCAAAAGAAUCUAAAAAAAUUCCCGAAAUUUUUGAAAAUGGCGGAUCAACAGCUGAUAAAGUUCCCGAACUGGCUAAAACUAUAAUGGCUGCGACCACAAAACAGCUGGAUUUACCAGUAAAUGAUGAAAUUACGCUAACUCGUGAUGAUAUUGGUUCAGAUAGCUUACUAGAUAGUUUAAACAGAUCUAUGUUGUUGAAGAAUGGUGGAAGGGAUAGGAGUAGUCGAUUUCUUAGUUUGUUUACAGUUAUCAGGUUUAAAAAUGAGAUAUGUUUGACCUCCGAGGCUACAAAUGGAACCUGUUAUACACAAACUGAUUGUGAGGAAAAGGGCGGCGAACCCCAGGGACCUUGCGCUUCUGGGUUUGGAGUUUGUUGUUAUUUUGAGUACAUGUGCUCGAGUUCUACAUCUGAGAACGGUACAUACUUCGUGAACCCGGCUACUCCUCAUCCUAUGUGCAAUCUCAUGAUAAACAGAAUGAAUGACGAUAUCUGUCAGAUCAAACUACAACUCGACGUAUUUGAGAUUGCUGGACCUGAUGACAAAGGAGAGUGUUCUGAUGAAUUCUUUCUUGUAACUGGUGGUAGCCCCGUCCCACCAAUCUGUGGUCUAAACUCAGGGCAGCAUCUAAUCUACUCUAUAACCCCUGACAGUGGCCCUUCUCAGCUCUCUGUUAUCCUUUCAGUUUCUUCUACGAUGUCCUCCAAUGCCAGACUUUGGAACAUUAGAAUAUAUCAGAGAUCGUUUGUUCAAUAA